AACCGAGCAAAGGGGUCAUCAACAACGACAGUCGAGAUCUAGUGACACAUCACAACCCUGGCAAAGGACAGACAUACCUCUCCGAACGAUCACCGGACUCCCGAUCGACAAGAUGAGCGGUCUCGCGACAAAGCAGCAGUCGCUCAAGCUGUUUGAGAAGCUCAAGGCGAAGCCAGCCAACAAGAUCUGCUUCGACUGCGGCCAAAAGAACCCAACAUGGACCUCGGUCCCCUUUGGCAUCUACCUCUGCCUUGAUUGCUCGGCCAACCAUCGCAACCUCGGCGUUCACAUUUCCUUUGUGCGGUCUACUAACCUCGACCAAUGGCAAUGGGAUCAGCUACGGAUCAUGAAGGUGGGCGGCAAUGAGUCGGCAACCAAGUUCUUCCAGCAAAACGGUGGUUCCGCCGCCUUGAACAGCAAGGACCCCAAGACCAAGUACCAAUCUGCUGCCGCGACCAAGUACAAGGAGGAGCUCAAGAAGAGGGCUGCUAGGGACGCCCGCGAAUACCCCGAAGAAGUCGUCAUCACCGACGGUGACGACGCCACAUGCAGCAACACCCCGGCCGGCGAGCCCGACGACGACUUCUUUUCCUCGUGGGACAAGCCCGCCAUCAAGAAGCCCACGCCACCCAUUUCCCGCACUUCCACACCCCCCGUCAUCGGCCGCACCGCCUCCCCGCUCCUCGGCAACGGCAAGGACAUCCAGCGCACUUCCUCGCCGCUCUCCAAGACCGAUUCCGAUGCUCCCACUCCCGCCCCCGCCGCCAGCCGCAUCACUACCUCCGCGGCCCUAAGGAAAACUACCCCCGGCAGCAGCACCACCGGCGGCCCGCGCAAGGUGGGCGGCGGCAUCCUAGGCGCCAAGAAGCCCGCGGCUAAGCUGGGCGUCAAGAAGAUCUCGGCGGACCUGAUCGAUUUCGACGAGGCGGAGAAGAAGGCCAAGGAGGAGGCGGAGCGCAUCGAGAAGCUGGGUUACGAUCCCGAGGCGGAGGAGGAGAAGGCGGCGAAGAAGGCCGAGACCAAGACCAACAAUAUCAUCACCCCUGCUGCGGCGCCAGUCAGCUCCUCCAGUUCGAGGUCCGCGGCGCAGGAGAAGUCGGCUGCUGAGGUGGAGAGGCUGGGUAUGGGUGUCAGGAAGCUAGGUUUCGGUAUGGUGGGCAAGCCCGGUGGUGCCGGUGCUGUGGGCGCGGGAGGAGCGGCGGCGGCGAAGAAGAAUGCGGGUGGGUUUGGAAGUGUUGGGCCUAUUAAGGCUAGUGAGGCCGACGAAGAACAAUACGCCCGCAACAAGUUCGCCAACCAAAAGGCCAUCUCCUCGGACGAGUUUUUCAACAAGGGCAACUACGACCCCUCGGUCAAGGCCGAGACCAAGGCCCGUCUACAAGGCUUCGAGGGUGCCCAGGCCAUCUCUUCCAAUGCCUACUUUGGCCGUCCCGAGGAGGACGCGCCCGCCGAAGACUACGGCGACCUCGAGUCUGCCGCCAAGGACUUCAUUCGCAAGUUUGGUAUCACUGCCAGCGAUGAUUUGGAGAACCUUACGCAGAUGGUGGGCGAGGGUGCCGGGAGGUUGCAGGGUGCUAUCAGGGCUUAUCUUGGGAGCUGAGCGGUGGAAAUGGAAGAAUGAGGCAGUGUGGGUGGGCAGGACGUGAUGGGCGAAGGGAGUUACCUAGUUAUGAGACAGAAAGAUGUGACGAGCGGAUAAGGCUUUUUAGUAAAAAUCAGUAUUUGUAGUGUAAUGGUGAAUGAACGUUUUAGAGAGAGCACUAGCAGUAUGCAGUGGGCAGAUGAUGCGGUUUUCUGGCAUCUGGCCAAGAGGAUGACGGUCAGGGUCUGGACAGGCUGUUCUCACACCCGUAGGGGGGUCUUAGUAAGUGACCACGGUAAGUAUUUGAGCA